AUGGCCGGAAGCCGCCGCCGCCGCAGCCGCCGCGGGAGAGCGCGGUCGCCACAGCAGGGCGCCGAGUCGUUGCUCGUCCGCACUCCGACUACCAGACAAGUUACAGUUGUGGGGAGGCCCUCUAAGAACAUCUGUCAUGCCUCAGGGUCUACAUCCUCCCUUUCUUCUGGACCUCAUGUUUUUGCAGAUCUCCUGGACAACCUGCUUCACGAAAUUAUUGCUCUUUUUAACUCAUUCCAUGACUUCCUUGCUUUUAUUGGUACCUGCCGCUCUUGGCGCGCUUCAGUUUCUUCCCUCCCUUCUGUGUAUAUCUUCAGUUUCCCACCACUCUGCCUGAAACCAGAUGGUCCUUAUGUUCGUCCCCAUACAGGCUAUAUCAAGCCCAUGGAUUUAUCUAAUUGCAAAUGGCAGCUCAGUGAUCUCAGCAAGAAAAACUUAUCCCUUCGUUGUUCAGUUCCUCAAAAUACUCCAGAUAACAUGUACUAUUUGGGCUGCUCAUAUGGGUAUCUUAUCUUUUCCUAUGAAGAAAACUGCCUCCUUGUCAAUGUGUUGACUGGUACCAAGGUGAAGCCCCCCAAACUCCCACCCAACAAUGAACUUGGGUACUCUUCUGGCAUAGGCAUUCUUACAGCUGCAUUGAGUUCACCCAACUCACGCCUCCUCCUUUGCUCAAGAACCUCAAUGUUUGAGUGGCAGGUUGGAACAAACUCCUGGUCAGAGCACCCUCUUUCCCUUCAGAGAGAACGCAUCCAUCAGAUUCUGUUAUUCAAUGGUGAUAUCUUUGUCAUAGAUGCUUUUCUCAGGCUCCACACUAUAUACUUGGCACCUCAAUUCAGCAUGCAAAAAGUAGCAAUUAAGUGGGAAUCCCUGCCUAUUAACCCAUGGUUGGUGGUCUGUGGUGACAUGCUUCUCAUGGUUGACCUCUCAAUUAGCUCCCACGAGUUAAAUGGAUCAUAUCGCUUCUUUGAGGUCUUUCGCCUUGACUCCUCUGUUGAGCCAGCUAAGUGGGUGAAGAUGGAGAAGUUGGAAAAUCGAGCACUGUUUGUUAGCCUUGAUACGAGGACUCCUACAUUUUCUUGCAUGAGCCCUGAAAGAUGGGGAGGAAGGAGUAACUGCAUUUAUGUAGCCAAGCUAUUUGAAGAUCCUGAUGAAACCUGGACUGCGGUUGAGCUUGGUCAGCCAGUGUACAAAAAUACAGUUCCCACCAUAUUAUAUGGUUGUUCAUUCCCUCACGACUACAGUCUACUAAGUAGCUUCUGGGUGUUUCCCAGUUCAGUUUAUGGUUCUAGCUAGUAACCUUGUCGCUUGGGUUUUGGCUAGUCUUGCAGAAGCCCUGUCGAUUAUUGUAGUUUGCAACUAAGUCCUGUAACUGUAAUGGUUUCCUGUGUUGCCACCAUUGUUUUGUGUUCACGGAUAGCUUUUCUUAAGGGUGUCUCCCCGUUUCAGAGCUAGGAACAUGUUACAUCAGAAUUGCAUUUGGCAUCUGCCUGCCCCUUGACAUGCGGAAGCAGAGCCCACUUUGGUUUUUGACGAGUAAGAUCGAGGAGAACCUGGGCUUUAAAACGUCAGCUUGGAUCAUCAAGUGUUGAACUGAACGAUGUAUACUUCUGAUUGUAGUUAUGGUUUUGUUUCCCUUAACUUCCUACUCUGAAACUCUGAUGAUGACUGCUGCAUUGUCUUUUUUACUUCCAUCUAUUUCCCCCAUAUUUGAGUUCUCUAAGCCCAUGCCUUUUGUAUUCUUCAAACAUUACACUAUGCGUUUAUUCUGCUCCUGCUGUAUGUAUAUACAUACAUGGUGGUUGAAUCAUGAAUGUGCAGUUGCUGCUGCUUUGCUUGGGAGUUGUAAGGCAGGGUAAUUGCUUUC